AGCGCUGAUCGCGGAGGGGAGGCAGGCGGGCAGGGGGCGCGGUCGGUCCGGCGGGCGAGCCCAGAGCCCCGCGGCGAGGAUGGGGGCGCCCCCCGCCGCCCCCCGGCUGGCCCUCCUGGCGUUGCUGCUGGCGGCCUCUGAGUCCCAUCCUAGUUUCCCGGGUGACCCCAAAGUAUCGGGACCCCUCUGGAGGAGCAGCCAAGAGCCCCCCCUUCUCAGCAGCCAUCCCCCGAUGAAAGAGCAUCCAUCUCCCCCUGGGCAGACCCCCAGGUCGGGGGGCAACGUCUCCAUGGCCCAGGUGUCAUCUCUGCAACCGGCCCAGGCCAAGGAGUCCCAGCUGGUUCCCCCCACUCUCCCUCCCACCCGUGUCUGGCAACCUGCGUGGGAGCCCAAAACCCAGCCGGUUCUCUGCCCCGGCUGCUCUCGGCGGACAGCGCGGGAGAUGGCAGGGAGUGAUUCACACCCAGACCCUGGCACGGAAGAUUCCUCAGCCGCCCCACGCGUGGCUCCCCCAGGCCGGGCAGAAGACGCCACUUGGCGGCUUUUCGACCGAGGCAAAGCCGGGCCAGGCAGCCAAGAAGACGUGGGCAGCGGAGACCCCCAUGCGAAGACCCCUCUGAAUCGCGGGUGGGCCACAGCGCAUCCACCACGCGAUUUCAACCCGCUCGGCCGGGAGAGAGAUCUCCUGCUCGAACCCACGCGAUCAACGCACGACCCACAAACAACUGAGACCUUGCGAGGAGCCGGGGGCGUCCCGGGCCCAAAGGAAGAGACCCCCAGCCACAGCCCGAACCUGGAGACCCUCCCUUCCAUCGCGCCCCCUGCCGUCAAAAUCAAGCAGACCCCUUCCUCCGACCCGCUGGCCUCGGAGAUAAUCGACGUCGAUUAUUAUGACCUUUUCGACGGAGGCGCCUUGCGAGGGCCUGGCAUGGACUCCACCAAGGCGAAACCCCCCGUGGACAAAGGGGUCUCGUGGCCCUUCCGUGACCUUUACGACGAGUUCAGCCCUUUCGACGAGUCAGAUUUCUACCCCACGACCUCCUUUUAUACCGACGGCGACGAGGAAGAGGAGCCAGAAGAGGAAGAGGAGGAGGAAGAGGAGGAGGAGGAGGCAGGGGCCGCGGAGGAAGAGGAGGAGGGGAAGGACCUCCAGGUCCCAACGCCCACACCCCCCAAAAUCCACAGCAAACUCCCCGGCGCAGAGCCCACCGCCCGCCGCUUUCUCCAUCCCCCGUUACAGACCUUUGUCAUUUCGGGGGCCGGCGGACGAAUCCUCUCCGGGCCAGUUUCAGGGGAUCCAGCCCGGGAAACGGGCGUCCCGGAGAACGGCACCGAAUGCCGCGUAGGCUACACCCGACACAAUGCGACCUGCAAAUCAGUCUGUGACACCUUCCCAAGUUAUUGCCACAACGGGGGGCAGUGUUACCUAGUAGAGAACUUGGGCGUCUUCUGCAGGUGCAACACCCAGGACUACAUCUGGCACAAGGGGCUGCGCUGCGAGUCCAUCGUGACCGACUUCCAGGUGAUGUGCGUGGCGGUGGGCUCGGCCGCCCUGGUGGUCCUGCUCCUCUUCAUGAUGACCGUCUUUUUCGCCAAGAAGCUCUACCUACUCAAGACCGAGAACCUCAAGCUGCGGAAGAGCAAAUACCGAACCCCUUCGGAGCUGCACAACGACAACUUCUCCCUCUCCACCAUUGCCGAGGGAUCGCACCCAAAUGUAAGGAAAUUUUGUGACACCCCGUGUAACCACUCCCCCCACGCCCGUGCAUUGGCUUACUAUGAUAACAUUAUAUGUCAGGAUGACCCCAGUGCCCCCCACAAACUCCAGGACCCCUUGAAAUCCUGCCUCAAGGACGACGAAGCCUUUAACAUCCAGAAUUCCACCUCGCCCAAGCUGGAUAACAGGAAAGGCAACCCGGACGAUGCCGAAGUGAACUGUUUGCAGAACAAUCUGACUUAA